AUGCAAAAAUACAGCAAGUGGUCUCUAUUUAUUUUGCUAUUAAUGUUAUUUAAUACUGUGAGCGGACUAUACAGUAAUCAACCACGAUUUAGGUCUGAAAAUGGUCAUUUAUACAUCGAAAGUGCUACAAAUCACAAUAUUUCAUUGAGUACAAAAGGUCAAGGAUAUAUAAAUGUGAAUAAUGAAAACUUACUUCAAGUUAUUGGAUUGGCUAAAGAAGCUUGGGAUGUAGUUGAAUCGUUCCGGUUAAAUGAUUUACCUACAUUUUCGGAUGCGAUAAAAAAUGUAGUACCUAUGAUUGAUGGUCCAAAGGGUUUAAUCAGUCGGGUCACGGCACUAGAAAUGCAAAUGUUAAAUACAACAUCAAUAACAUUGCCUUCUAAUAAGAGAAAAGGUGACACGACUUUAAACGGAGCUAGACUUUCAAUUAGACUUACUAAUUUGGAAAAAAAAGUCACCAAUCUUGUAAACCUAUUAUCUAUAAGUGAAUGCUUAAGUAAUCCCUGUCAGAACGGUGGCACGUGUAUAGAUCUGUACAAUGGAUUUCAAUGUAAUUGUCCGAAUAAUUGGCAGGGUAGAUUGUGCGAAUUGGACGUAGACGAAUGUGUACGAUUCAUGUACACGGAUUUAGGGUGUCAAAACGGUGCAGAAUGCAAAAACACGCCGGGAAGUUACGAGUGCGUGUGCGCGGCGAACUGGUUCGGUUUGCACUGUACGAAAAGGAAGAACGAUUGCAACGGCGCAAUGUCGUCGGAACUCUGCGGUAACGGCGUGUGUAUUAAUCAACCGACGACGGUUGGCUACACGUGCAUUUGCAAUCAGGGUUGGACCACGGACGGAGGACAAAGUCCGGCCUGUACGAAAGACGUGGACGAAUGCAAGGAAAACAAGCACACGUGCUCAGCAAACCCACCGGUCGAGUGCAGGAACACCAGAGGAUCGUUUACUUGCGGAAACUGUCCCGCAGGUUACGAAGGAGAUGGUUUUGUGUGUACAGACGUCAACGAGUGUUUAAUAAACAACGGUGGUUGCAGUUUGAAUCCUAGAGUUCAAUGCGUUAACACUAGAGGUUCGUUCAAAUGUAAACCGUGUCCACCUGGUUAUAGUGGUGAUGGGUUUAACUGCGUCUAUAUAUCCGGAGGAGUUUGUGCGAUAGACAACGGAGGGUGUCAUCCAAAUGCCGAGUGCACUGUUUAUGCUGAAACAACAAUUCAGUGUACUUGUCGGCAAGGGUAUAUUGGCAAUGGAGUCGGAAUUAAUGGAUGCAUUAAAAACAAUAGAACAGUAAUAGAUCCUUGCAUGAAUAAUCCUUGUGGUUCACAUGGUGAAUGCCUUUCAAGUUCAAAUAAUACGUAUUUAUGUCUUUGUGAUACGGGUUAUACAGGAAUAACAUGCAAUAUACAUCAUGUAGAAAGAGGGUGUUCAGAAAAUCCAUGCCAAAAUGGACAAUGUGUCUCUGGAUCUGUAAGCGGUGAUUUUACUUGUAUCUGCCCUAGUGGGUAUUUUGGACAGUUUUGUGAAUCAUUUUUAGAAAAUUGUGGUGGUUAUUUUGACACCUUCAAUGGAACUCUACAGUAUCCCGUGUCAAAUACAUCAUCAACGUAUCAGAGUAACGCAAAUUGUGUGUGGACGAUUGAUGUUAAUUCAUCUCGUGUUAUUAAUAUAUCUUUUGUUUGGAUUGAUAUUGAAAAAACAGAUGAUUGCUCUUUCGACUACGUCGAGAUUAUGAACGGCGAAGAUGAGGAUGGUAAAGUGUUGGGUAAAUUUUGCGGAAAUUCUUUACCCUCAAACAAUAGUAUUAUUUCGGAUUCAAGUAUGGUUUUUGUACGUUUUCAUUCUGAUGGAUUAAAAAAUUUUCGGGGUUUUCAGUUGAAUUACACUACAAUUAAACCUGAAUGCGGUGGUGCAUUAGAUAUUGAAUCACACGGAACAUUAUCCUCUCCCGGUUCUCCGGGAAAAUAUCCACCUAAUCGUGACUGUUAUUGGACUUUGAAUGCCACUCCAGGAAAAAGAAUUCAAUUAAAUUUUUUCUCAUUAAAAUUUGAGCGUCAUAUAAAUUGUAGUUAUGAUUAUUUAGAGAUUAGAGACGGUUUUACACAGCACAGUCCAGUAUUAGCAAAAUUAUGCAAUACUACUUCUAAUGGUCUUCCUCCUCCUAUAUUUACUUCAGGUCAACAUGCAAGUUUACACUUCCAUUCUGAUGGUUCUGGUCAAGAUUACGGAUUUCAAAUGACGUAUACUGUAAUUGAAGGUGUACCAGGAUGUGGUGGAAUUUAUACAAGUCCAUCUGGAAUAAUAGCUUCACCGGUAGAUUUAACUAGUGAUGAUAAUAAUUAUUUGGACAAUUUAAAUUGUGAGUGGCAUAUUAGAAUGCCUUCAAAACAGAGACUAAAACUUGCAUUUGUAAAGAAAUUUGGCAUUGAGCAAUCUACAAAUUGUUCAACAGAUUUUUUGGAAAUUUACGAUGGUUCUAAUAUUAAAUCACCAUUAAUUGGUCGUUAUUGUGGUUCAAAAAGAUUUGAUCAACCAAUAAUCACAAAUAGCAAUGAAGUCACCAUUAUUUUUAAGUCUGAUUUUUCAUCUACAGCUGAAGGAUUUACAAUCAAAUAUGAAACACUGUGUGGUGGAAUAUUUACAGAAAGUAAAGGUAUUAUUGAAUCACCAUUUUAUCCAAAUCCUUAUCCAAAAAAUAAAAUAUGUGAGUACCUUAUUGCUCAACCAGUUGGAAAAGCAAUCCGAUUGUCAUUUUUGGAUAUGGAAAUUGAAGAUCUAUCUUAUCCAAAAUGCCUUUAUGAUUCAUUAGAGAUCAGGGAUGGAGAUAAUGAGAAUUCAACUUUAAUUGCAUUGUUAUGUGGGAAUAUUAAUAAACUUCCUAAACUUCCCUAUCUAUCGACACAUAAUUAUCUGUGGUUAAAAUUUUCUACCGAUCAUUCUAAUUCCAAUAAAGGAUUUCUAGCUAACUAUUCGACAAUUGAUAUAGCAUGUGGCGGUAUUUUGAAGGAACCAUCUGGUAUUAUACAAUCUUCGAAACAUUCAGAACAAUAUUUACACAACCAGUUGUGUGAAUGGAUUAUAUCAGUAAACGAAUCUAGUCAAAUACAAAUAACCUGGUUAACAUUUUCCUUAGAAAACCAACAUUCUUGUAAUAAUGAUUAUGUUGAAAUAUAUGACAAUAGUAAUUCUGGAAAUUCGUCGAAAAUUGCUAGGUAUUGUGGGACUAAGGUUCCACCUGUAUUGACGUCGUUAGGUAAUCGACUAACAAUUAUUUUUAAAACUGAUCAUUCAGUGGCACAAGACGGAUUUAUGCUAAAUUAUAUUUCGCUUAAUAAAGCUCAAGCAUGUGGUGGAAAUUUCUUCACACGAGAAGGUUUUAUUAAAUCACCAAAUUUUCCAAAUGAUUAUCCAAAACUCAAAGAUUGUUCAUGGGUAAUAAGUGUACCAGUAACUAAUCAGAUUGAGUUAAACAUUACUCAUUUUCUGCUCGAAGAAAGUACAGACUGCCGUUUUGAUUUUGUGGAAAUUCGAAAUGGAGGAUAUCCUACAUCACCUUUAAUUGGAAAAUAUUGUGGAUCAAAAAUUCUUCCUAUUAUAUCUUCAAUUGGAAAUUCACUUUUUAUAAGAUUUGUAUCUGAUGGAUCUAGAGGGCGUAAAGGUUUUUUCAUGCAAUGGUAUACAACUUCCAAAGGUUGUGGAGGAAUAUUGAAUUCUGGUGUUGGACAUAUUGUAUCUCCUAACUAUCCAUUACCUAUACAGGAGUCAUUAGAAUGCUAUUAUAAGAUAGCAGUGGCACAAGGAAAUCAAAUCAAACUCACUAUAGUAGAUAUCGAAUUAAUAACAGACCAUUUUUCUGGAGGACAGUGUAAAGAUAAUUUCCUUGAAAUUUAUGAUGGUGAUAAUAGCGCUAGUAAAAUAUUAGGAACAUUUUGUUCAGAUUCUCAAUCAUCUACUUAUGUACAUUCAUCUACAAACCAGAUGUACAUUAAAUUUAGAAAUAGUGGUUUUUCCAAAGGGAGAGGCUUCUCUUUAACAUAUGCUAUAGAUUGUAAUGUAACUAUAAAAGGAUAUCAAGGUGCUAUUGAAAUGGCUCAACAAGAAAAUAUAAGAUCAGAUAAAUGUGAAUGGACAAUCGUUGCACCUAAAGGAAGUAAAGUUAAUAUAACAUUCACUUCAUUAAAAAUAUUUCAAAAGCGUUCUACAUAUUUUUCGCAUCAAAUACAAAGUAUAUCAGUUAAUAACAAACGAAACAAUUCUCAAUUAACUAUAUUGGAAGGUGCAAAUAUAAAUGAAAUAAAUACAGUUUUGUGGACUUAUAGUUCUUUAGAUUAUAAUCAAUCUGUGAUUGCUUCAACUAAAAAUAUAAUAAAAAUUGAUUAUAAUUUUAGAAGCAGAUUAUUCUUUAUGGAUAGAUUUGAUAGUUUUCGUUUAGAAUGGAUAGUAGAUGGUUGCGGAGGAGUAUUGGAUCCACACGAAGGGGAAUUUACAUCACCUGGAUAUCCUGGAUUUUAUCCUCCCAGUACAACAUGUGAAUGGACUAUUGUCGCUGAUUAUGGAUAUACUAUAGAGAUAAUUAUACAAGAUUUUUGGUUAGAGUCUUCAAGAUCUUGUACACUUGAUGCAUUAGCUAUUUACAGUGGACACGAUGAUUCUGGUCCAGAAUUGUUACGGGUAUGUCAUAAACAAACAAGUCAAAUUAUUGUAACGUCUGGAGAUAAUGAAGCUUUUAUAAGAUUUGAUUCUGGUAUGGAAACUCAGAGGAAAGGAUUUAAAGCUAUAUAUAGAACAGUCCCAUCGAAAUGUGGUGGAAGGUUUACUGCUCCUCAAGGAGUUAUCCAUACUAGAAAUUACCCACAAAACUACGAUUCUAACAGUUCUUGCAAAUGGUAUAUUGAGGUAGCAGAAACUCAUUUAAUUAAUCUCACAUUCGUUGACUUCAGUACUCGGAGUUUCCCUAUAAAAACCAAAGAUAAAGUUUUAGUUUAUGACGGCAAUAUCCAUGGAAAACUACUACUUAACCAUUCUGGAAAUAGUAUACCUUCACCGAUUAUAUCUUCAUCUAAUAAACUUCUUGUAUCUUUUGAAGUAGGAAAACGUGACAUACGAGCAAAAGGGUUCAAAGCGAUAUAUUCUACGGCAUGUGGUGCAAGGUUAAUUACAAAUGAUUCAGGGAUUAUUACAAACAAUCCAUCUUUAACAAACAAUUUAAACGAAAACUGUACAUGGACUAUUAUAUCUGAUAUGCCACAGUCGAAAGUCACAUUAACGUUUACUCAUAUUGACAUAGUACAUAAUUUAGAUAGUACCGCAGUGGAAACAACAAAUGCAACUGAUGUGCAGUGUUCUAGUAAUUUAUUUCAUACAAUAUUUAGAAUUUUGGAUGGUCCUGAUUUGGAUGCUCCCGAAAUAACAAAGUUUUGUAAAUCAAAUCCAAUGCCGCCACCUAUUGUCAGUAAUGGACCUGCUAUGCGUAUAGAAUUUACAGAUAACUCUGGUGCGAUGGAUUCAUUUACAGCUCUGUAUUCUGUAAGAUCAGUAGCAUGUGGUGGAAUUUACGACUCAUUAAGGGGAACGAUUUCUUCGCCCAACUAUCCAAACAAUUAUUUCAGAGAUUCUGAAUGUGUUUGGAUAUUAAAGUCCUCUGUCGGAAAUCGCGUGUCUUUGAAUUUCAUUGCUUUUGAAUUAGAAGAAGACGAGUUUUGCAAUGAAGUUUAUGUGGAAGUCAGAGAAGGAGAUUCUAUGGGUCCAAUCUUAGGUUAUUUUUGUGGUCCAAAUUUGCCAUCUAAUAUUACUUCUGGUUUGACGCUUUGGAUCAAAUUUCGUUCCAGUUCUCUUGGUUCAGCUAAAGGAUUUACUGCAGAUUUUAAAUAUGUAAAUAAAAUUGAUCUGACAAAUCAAUCUGGAGAAAUCUCUAAUCCAUUGUAUCCGAAAGCAUAUAGAGAUAGUGAAGAUUAUUCAUGGAAAAUAACUGUAGAUCAACGAAAACAAGUUCAAAUCGUAAUAAAAGAGUUUAUAACUACCUCCAAAAUUCAUAGUUUAAAGAUUUAUGAUGGAGAUAAUGUCAAUUCAUUAAUUUUGUAUGAACUAAGCAAUACACAUUUUAAUACAGUAUUUAAUGAAACUAUAACAUCAACCGGUAGCACUGUAUACAUAAAACUGACAGCUGGUAGUAGACAAGUUGGCGGUAUAUACUUUUUACUAUCAUGGACAACCGUGGAUGUGCCAUUUUAUAAAAAACAAUAUAUCACCAUGUUGGACGUUAAAUAUAACAAAUCUAGUUUUGAUCAUUAUUUAUCACCAAGCACCAAUACAAGUGUGAUAAUUACAAGUCCUGGUUAUCCUUAUGGCUACGAACCUAAUAUCAAUGUAACUUGGACAAUUCAUACAGAACCACAAUAUCAUAUAGAAAUUGAUAUUCUGGAUGUAGAUCUGUAUCCUGUUCAUUCAUCUACAGAAUUUUAUUUUAAAGAUCAUAUCAAUAUAGAAACCGUUGAUCCUAUUACUGCAGAAAAGAUAUUAAUAAAGAGAGUAUAUAAAAAUAUUAACCAAAUCAAGGAUACAAAAAUAGUUGGUAAGAAUAAAGUUAUAUUAACUUUCAUUUCAAACAAGUCAUUGAAUGGUACAGGAUUCAAAGUUGAAGCAAAAUUAAGAUGUGGGGGUGAAUUACGAGGACCAACAGGAGUAAUUAGUUUAUCUAACAUGAGUAGUGCUGUAGUCUUGGACCCACCGUACGCAUAUGAUUUUCAUUGCACUUGGAAUAUUACUGUACGACCAGGAAGAACUAUUUCAGUUAAAUUUAUUACCAUGAAAUUGUAUUCAUGUGCAGAAAGUUAUGUUUUGUUAAAAAAUGGUUUUUAUGAAGAUUCACCUUUCCUUGGCCAAGGUAAAUACUGUGACAGUACUAAUAUAGCAACACUGUCUACAACUGAAAAUAAAUUACAAGUUCGUGUCAAAUUAUUAUUACAGGACGUCGUGAAAAUAGCAUUUGAAGAAAAAUCAAUAAAUUGCGGUGGACAAAUUUAUUUAAAUGAUUUGUACAACAUAACACAGAUAACAUCUCCUUCAUAUCCAAAUAUACCUCCAGCACACACCGAAUGUAUUUGGACGGUAGUGGCGUCUGCCGGUGAACAAAUAUCUGCAACCAUAGAAGACUUAGUUUUGGAUAGAGAGUGUGAAAAGGAAUAUCUUGAAUUUAGAGAUGGUGCCGCUCGAUUUUCGAAAUUGAUAAAUCAUUUUUGUGGAAAUAGUCAAGUUCGAGAUAUCGAAACAACCGAGAACUUUUUGUACAUUAAGUAUUUCACGGAUUUAAAUAUACCUAACAAUGGUUUUAAAUUGAAUGUCACUAUAGCGAAAUGUGGUGGUACUCGACGAGCACGGCGGGGAACAAUAUCGUCACCGAAGUAUCCUGGUUCUUAUGAGUCGAACAUGGAUUGUGAAUAUCGAAUUAUCACUGAAUCUAGACGCCGUAUUGUAUUAAAAUUUGAUACGGUGAGCUUGAGACGGCGGUACCCCAGCAUUGGAGGCCCGGAAAUGCCAAACAACGAUACAUACGAUGAUACGCUGACCAUAUACGACGUAGAACCGUUCAACAAUACCAGGAUAGCAAUAUUAACAAUUUUUGGUUCAAAUUUACCAUCAAACCCCAUUAGAUCAUCUGGUCAAGAAUUGGUGAUUAAAUUCAAAUCACACUUAAAAAAUGGUCCUUUUUAUUUGAAAAAUACUGAUGCAAAGUUUUUAUUGACUUAUUAUACUGAGUACGAUAGCUGCAGUCAAAAUUACGAUGUUGAAAGUGGUGAAAUAAGUAGUCCUCGAUAUUCUAGUUUGGAUAAAAGACGGCUAUACUGUACGUAUACAAUUACCGUACCCAGAGGACGUAUGAUAACUGUUGAAAUUAUCAAAGGAAAAUCGAUCGCUCAAAGUUGUGACACCUAUUCAUUACCAGAAAAUGACCUUAAAGAAAAACUUAUAGUUUACCAAGGCAGUAGUACCAUAAGUCCCCCAUUAUGUGUUGAUCCUGUUAUUAAUCCUGUAUCAAUGAACUAUGUUUAUGAAUCAACUUCGAAUGAAAUGGUACUUGAUUAUGGUUAUAUAAGUGGUAUCCAAAGUGGUUUUAAAUUGAAAUUUUCAUCAAACAAACCUUCCAUUUGUGGAGGCAUAGUCGAUGCUAGUAGCAAUGGUACAAUUAAAUUACCUAUUAAAAAUUUAACCAGCGUUCAUUGUCAAUGGGACUUGACUAAUACAAAUGGAUCUAUUGUAAUAGAAGCCGAUUUUAAAAUUAAUGAAACAAAAAUGACCUGUGGUUAUAAUUCUCUCUUAUUAGCUACCAAUGAGGAUGAAAGCAUGCUACUGAAAAGGUAUUGUCCCGUUUCAAACAAAAAUGAUAAAUUUUUUGUUAUAAGUCCAUUACCAAUGAUAAAACUUUUGUUACAUUCAAAUCAAAAAGCUGUUAAUUACACGGCAAGUCUUAGUUAUUAUAUUAAUAUGUGUGGUGGAGUACUAUAUGGACAAACAAUUACCAUUACUAGUCCUAAUUAUCCUAAUAACUAUAAGCAAAUUACGAACUGUGCUUGGUCACUAGUACUUCCCGAAGGUGAAAAUGUUAAUAUACGUUUUAAUGAUAUCGACCUUGAUGCGUCGUGUGAUAAUAAUUAUGUGAUAAUACAUGAUGGAUCUAGUCCCGAAAGUCCUGUGUUGGGUAAAUAUUGUGGUAACGUUUUGCCGGAGAAUUUAGUGGCUUCUUCAAAUGAGAUAUGGAUCGAAUUUUCAUCUGAGAGUGGAAAGAAUAAUAAGAAAGGUUUCAAUUUAACUCUUGAAUCCACACAAAAUGGAUGUGGCAAUGUUUAUAUUAACGAAAAAGGUAAAAUAUCCUCCAAAAAUUAUCCAAACUUAUAUCCAAACGACGAAGAAUGUGAGUGGACAAUAGCAGUAUUACCAGGCAACAGGGUUAGCUUGCAAUUUGUUGAACGUUUUAGUUUGGAACAAAGUGUUAAUUGUACUAAGGACUAUGUGCAGAUUUUCGAUUUUAUUAAUAACAACUGGGAGCCACUAGGAGAUCGAUUGUGUGGUCGUCAAAUACCUCCUAUAUUCAACUCAACGGAAACAAAGUUAAAAGUUCGUUUAAGAACUGAUAAUGAUAUUCAAGGUGAUGGUUUUAAAGCCACUUGGAAGAGUAUUUGUGGUGGUGUUUUUACCAAAAAAUCUGGAAAAAUAGUUUCACCAAACUAUCCUGCACGAUAUUCAAACAAUUUAAGAUGCAACUAUACCAUAUUAGCACCCGGAGAGAGUGUAGAAUUGACUUUUAAAUCAUUCGAGGUCGAAGGUCCUAAAUGUCGUUUUGAUAAUCUAACAAUAUAUGACAAGGUAAGUGAUGAUCCAACACAUCAUGUCUUCGGAACCUAUUGCGGAGAUAAUCGACCAAAAACACUUACGUUUAUAAAUAAUGUCAUGAUGAUAUUUAUGACAGAUUUCACUUUAGGAAAAAAAGGAUUCGAAAUACAUUAUGAAUUACAAGGAUGUGGAAAUGAAAUCACUACUCCGAGAUCAAUAAGGUCCCCAAUUAGUUUUGACAAUCUAUUUGGUGUUCAUGGAUAUCCACGUAAUUUAAAUUGCACAUGGAUUAUUCGAGCUCCACCGGAACAAGUUAUACAGCUUGUUUUUACUAAAUUUCGCCUUGAAAUUGAUUAUGAUGAAGAAGCUUCUGAAGACGAUAGAUGUCCAGAUGAUUUUGUUAAAGUUUUUGAUGAGUCUGAUAUACACAGAAACAAUUCUCGAGGUCUUGGAAAAUUUUGUGGAGUUUUAGACGAUAAAUUACCAGAAAUUAAGUCUAAAACAAACACUAUGUAUGUUAAUUUUGUUUCUGAUAAUUCAUUAAAUGACGAAGGUUUUGUCGCCGACAUUUCAUUUACGUAUGGUGAAUCUAAAGGUUGUGGAGGUACUAUCAAGUUGAACCAAUCAAAUACAGCAUCUGGAUAUAUACUAAAAGUACCAAAGAUGCCAGUAAGAACUUAUUUAGAUUGUGAAUGGCUAAUAUUAGUAGAGCCGUCAUACGUCAUACAGUUUCAAAUGACCACCUACACAGAAACUCCAAAAUGUUCUUUAAACACAACAGACUGUAGAUGUAGUUCUAUUCAGGUGUUUGACGGUGCUGGACGUAUGGCGUUAAAAAUCCGUCAAUAUUGCUCAGGAAAAGUCGACUAUGCUCCAUUAGUAUCGUCAGGAAGCGAAGCUUUUAUUAAAUACACAUACAUAGACACGGACGUCGAUGUAAAUUUUGAAAUAAAGAUAACAUCAGUGACAUCGGUUUGUGGUCCAACAGCACUGACGGUAACUAAUAAAACACAAAUUUUAACGUCCCCAAAUUAUCCAUUAGCCAAUGAAAAUAAUUUGAUAUGUACUUGGUUUUUACAAUCGGAACCUCCCAAUUCAGUUAUUUUGUUACGAUUCACUGAUUUGGAUUUGGGAGAUACGAAAGAAUGUUUGUUCAAUUAUUUGGAAGUACACUACACACAGUGGGCGGAUACCUUGCAAUCUAAUAGUAUAAGAAUGUGUCACGAGGAUCAUGCAUUUGAUUUUGUGGAUAAAAUGUUAAACACUGUUAAGUUGAAGCUGUAUACAGGUGACCAUACAAAAUCAAAAGGUUUCAGACUAGAGUACAAAAGUACAAGAUGCCAAAAAACGUAUGAUAAACACGACGGACGUAUACUUUUUAGUAACAGUGAUGCGGUUAUGGAAGAGGAAUGUGUAUUCACGAUAAAUUUAGGACAGCCAAAUUUAACUAUUUCUCUGUACAUUUCAUCGUUUCGUUUUUCGGGUUCGGCUACAUCGAAUUACCUUAAGGUGUACGACGGAUCGAACGUUUCAAUGCCAUUGAUAACCGUAUUGAACGACAUGCGUAUGAUUCCUCCUCCUAUAUUUUCAACUGGUCCAUCGUUAACGAUGGCGUAUAAAACGUACCCGAUUCCCGGGUCGUUGGACAUGAGUUACACUUCUACAGACAAAGGUAGAGGCUGCGGCGGUAGAAUGUUUAAUGUCAAAGGUACGGUGACAAGUCCAAUGUUCCCUAACUUAUACAAAGUGAACUCCGUGUGUAGGUGGGAUAUUGCAGUACCCAAACCAAAUUCAGUCAAGAUUAUAUUUGAAGUGUUUAACCUUGGAAGAAGAAUGACAUGCAACACCGAUUAUUUAGAAAUGUACAACGUCGAUCAGACAACUGGAGUGUCGUCAUUUGUCGCUAAAUAUUGUGGUGGAGAUAUUCCGGCGCAGCACAUCAGCCAAACGGGAGCAGUAUCCAUUCGUUACGUGACCACUGUACAUAACACAGGCACCGGUUGGGUAUUGCAUUUUGAAUUAAAUCAUAAUAAUCAAUAAAAUAAGUGUAAUGAAUACAAAUUAUUAUUUAAGAUUGAGAAAAAAAUAAUAUGAUAAUAAAAGCUGACUAUUUUCAAAGUA